CUGACUUUAACGUCAAGAAAUUUUAGCUCUCUGAUAAAAGUUGAUCCAAAAAGAAUGAGGUUCUUAUCUGCACUGUUAUGUUUGACAGUACUGGUCAACACCAUGGAGAGCAGUCCAGUGGCUCCUGAUGGCUACGAACCUCCUGUCGGUGGGAGAGCCGUCAGAGGAGGAAUCUUUGACAUCCCAACACAAGUGACGAUUGGUGAACCAUCCAAUACCAAUGUCCCAGUACCCGACGGAGACAUUACACCAGUGGACACACCCAUUAAAAUUGCUGUCGGUGGAAGAGCCGUAAGUAUUAAAAAUAUACUAGACAAUAAGUACAUCUUUCGAUCAAUAAAUUUCUUGUUGUAUUGUCUUCUGCUACUCAAUAAUUUUAAAGGACUUUUGUGUAUUUAUAAGUCUCUGGAAGAGAUUCAUUUAGAUAUCAUUGUAUAG